CCUCUUUCAUUUGUCCGAAUCCUUUGUCCACAAUUCCCUUUCUCGACCAAGUCAAGCCUCAUCCGAGAUCUUGAGCUAAAGGCCAGAUACAAGCGUUUCCUCAAGAAUGGUGUCCUCAAGUACAGCACUAACCCUAGCAAAGGUGCUCUUCCGCCCUGCUCCGCGCCACUACCCUCGGGCUGACCAUCCGGCUCGUAGUACGCUCUCGGCACGUCAGCUGUCGGCGUUACAAUAGCCUUGGGGGGUCUCUGGUACUUUCAGCGCAAGCUUAUAUAUCCUUCCAACCUCCCGGAAGGCGCUCGUACAGGUGAGUAAAUCUCAUAUAUCAUAUCUUUCCACAUUGACAUGCUGCACAAAGUGGUCCCUAAGCCUAUAGACGUUGGCUGUCCUUACGAAGAUGUGACACUCACUACCUCUGACGGCAUCAACAUCAAAGCCUAUGUCAUCCCUGCGCGCCGGCACCCAUUGUCCAUGUCGGAUAUCCGAGCGUUAAGAAAAGAGGAUAGGCGGGCAAGGGCGGAAGAGGAGAUGAUCAAGUGGGCGGCAGAGAUGGGUGAUGAAAAGUCCAUUUCGUAUGCAAAAUCGAGGCCGACGGUGGUCAUGUUCCAUGCCAACGCGGGCAAUAUGGGGCAUCGAGUGUUGCUGGCGAGAAACUUCAAUGUAGACCACAGGUGCAAUGUCUUUAUGCUCAGUUAUCGAGGGUAUGGGUUGUCGGAAGGAACACCCUCGGAGCAUGGCCUAAAGCUAGACAUCCAAGCUGCUAUGAAGUAUGUUGAGGCCCACCCCAUACUAGGAGAUACCAAGAUCAUUCUGUACGGGCAAUCUCUCGGUGGCGCCGCCUGCCUCUACGCCGGUAGUAAGAACAAGGACAUUGUAUCCGGCCUCAUUCUCGAAAACACAUUCUUCUCCUUUACCACCCUCAUCCCCCUCAUCCUCCCCCAGAUCCCCAAAUUCCUCCUCCCAAUACUCCUCACAGAGCACUGGGACGCCUCCAAAACGCUGCCCUUUAUCCCUGCCUCGACCCCCAUUCUCUUCCUCGUCGGCUCCAUCGACUCGCUCGUCAAAUUUCCACAGAUGCACAAUCUGAGAAAGCUGCGGGAAAGAGACGGCGGGAAGUGCCAGUGGAAGGAUUUUGAGAGGGGAGAUCAUAAUGACACGUGUGUCCAACCAGGCUAUUGGGAUGCGAUCGGUAGGUGGCUCAAGGAAGAGAUUGAGGAAGGGAGCUUGGUGGUGGUGGAAAAGGAAUCUAGUAGCAGUGGAGAAGAGUUCAGUGAAGUGACGAGAGAAGAGGCUAUGGAGGAGAAAGCGUCCACCUAAUCAGGGUGGAUCUGUGAAUAGAUGAUGUGUAGAUGAUGUGUAUAGAGGGUGACAUGCCAAUGUAGUACUCAUGAUACAUGGCCAUAUGAAUGCUAUCUUCGCCAGUACUG